CAUGACCAUCAUUGCCUAUUUGUUUUAUAUUCCCAUUUAGCUCCUGUGCUUUUCCUCUUCUACCACGAAAUUUUUACUUCUUUCAUGCAGAAUGAAGAGCUUGGAGACUCUUUGAUAAGGAGGAUGGAUCAGCUCACUGUGAUCAAGACGUUGAAUUCUCGUCGGAGAAGAUUAAAAAUCCGACGAUUGAAGUAUACGUGUGAAAAUAAUAAAUCUCAUGUCACCAUCUCCGGUGGGGAUGAAGGCAUUGAGAGGAAGAGCGGUGAUUUGUGUGGUGAAGAGAAAAAAUCAGGAGGAAUUUUUGGUGCAAAAGCUAGUGAUGAUGGUGGUUCAAAGGAGAUAUCAAUAUCGUUAACACCGCCGAGGAAUGAUGUUGUUUUGCAAGAUGAGGUAGUUUUAUCAUAUGGGUCGGUGUCUGUUAUAGGGGGGAGGAAAGAGAUGGAGGAUACACUGAAGGUGGAGUUGGGGUUUUUGAUUUUUAAUGAAGGUGAAAAGAAGUAUGAUUUUUUUGGUGUUUAUGAUGGACAUGGUGGAGCUCUUGUAGCGGAGGCCUGUAAAGAGAGGUUGCAUAGAGUUCUUGUGGAGGAGAUAAUGGAGGGGAAGGAAGGGGGUGGUGGUGUGGAGUGGGAGAAGGUGAUGGAGGAGUGUUUUAGAAAGAUGGAUGAGGAGGUGGUGAAGGAUAAGAUGAUUGGGUCUACGGCUGUUGUUGCGGUGGUGGGGAAGGAGGAGGUGGUGGUGGCUAAUUGUGGGGAUUCUAGAGCUGUGAUUUGUAGAGGUGGGGUUGCCAUGCCAUUGUCAGUUGAUCAUAAGCCUGACAGACCUGAUGAGUUGGAGAGAGUUGAAGCUGCAGGUGGAAGGGUUAUAAACUGGAACGGACACCGUGUUCUAGGAGUUCUUGCCACUUCCAGGUCUAUAGGUGAUCAGUAUCUCAAACCAUUUGUAUCCUCCAAACCAGAAGUCACCGUGAAUAAGCGAACUGAAAAUGAUGAAUUCCUCGUCCUAGCCAGUGAUGGCCUCUGGGAUGUCAUCUCCAACGAAUUCGCAUGCCAGAUUAUAAAGAGAUGCCUGCAUGGCCGGAUGAGGAGGAAGUCCCAGGGAGUUGUGAGCGAGAGUUGUCGCGCAGCAGAGGCUGCAGCGGUGCUAGCCGAGCUAGCAAUGGCUCGGGGCAGCAAAGAUAACAUCAGUGUGAUCGUUGUUGAGCUCAAAAGGCGCAACAGCUUUUCCUGUUAAUGAUAACUAAUAUAUAUAUUUGCGUAUAGUACGGUAAUUCUUUGUUUCCCCCUCAUUGUAUUCGACUUUGAAUUUAUUUUCUUACAGAAGGAAUCAAGAUUUUCUCCUGUAAAGAAAUUUAUGGUAACUGACCAUGGUUUUGGUUCUGCGUUGAAGUGGAAGUUGAUGAUCCGUCCAGUUAUUAGUUCUUGAAAAUUGUUCGAGUUUUCAGUUA